CAUCCGCGACGAACGCCGCGCCGACGACGACCAACGAAAAGCCAACGACGUCGUCGCGGACCGAGAAAAAAUUUGUUACGUCUUUUAAAAUAAUCUUUAUUCGAGGGAGCAAUAUCGCGCGUGUACGUAAAUAAGCCGAGCACAUUUUUCGUUUCUUUCCCAACAAAGGGUGCUCAAUACUGAGAUAGUGUCGUCGCAAAUCGAAACUUGAAAACAAACAAACGAUAAACGAGGCUCGGCCAGGAUUAAAGAGCUUCGAAAAAUGACUUAAAUCUCUACAAAAGCCCGAGUGUCCUACGGUCGUUGAUAUGAAGAUUCAUUGAAAUCCUUCCUCCUUUCUGAGGCACUCUCCUUUUUUUAUUUCUUUUUAUUUUUGUUAUUUGACUCGAUCGUGCACGGACGAGAAAGACGACGAAUGUGUUGAAGCCUUUUUUUUUUUAAUGCAACAGUGUUUCGUGAAAAUAGGUGUGGAAGUGAUAAUUGUGGGGGUUCGUUUCGAAGUCAAAUUUUCUCAAAUCGUCAUCGACAGUUUAAUGAAAUUCGACUCCGACUCGAGAGACUUUCGCGAUUGGAAGUGCUUUGAUUUUUGCGAUUUUGGUCGACCGGUUUUUCUCACGCUCUAUUCUCCACCUCAAUUUUCCCUGAUGGAUAACAAGCAUCGCGAUCAGUCGAGAAAAAUCAUACGAGCACGAACGUGAAAAAAAACGAGAAGCUCCUCCGACCAAAAAAUUCAUAGUUCCCACCCACCGAUCCAACGAACUGAAAAAUGUUGCCGAUUUUUUUGUAAAAUAAAUAGAAAAUCUGUCUCAGCGGCAGUAACCUUUGCUCCGGCCGGCUUCCAACAGACUGAACAACCCUUUCGGGGAAUAAUUUUCUCACAAUAAUAUAGAACACUAACGACUCAUCAACGAUUAGCCAAUAUUUAAUUAUAUCGAAUAAUUAACCACGAUAAUAAAUAAGACUAGAAAACGCCAAUAAAAUGGAACUCGAAACCUCCGCUCAGUAGCUGCUCGGUUUUCGAUGUCCUGAUAUCGAUACAAACACUUUCGCACUCUCAACAAUAUUCCCAACGAGCCUUUUCGCCAUUUCAAUAAAAACGAAGAGCUCUUACCAGUAUACCAAAAAUUGUAUAAAAACCACCAUUUCGAAUCGAACGAUACGUAAAUGUUGAAAAAAAUAACAAAAUCGUUUGUUCCUCGUGAACGUGACUUCGAGUGUUCGACGCAUUUCCGUGGAUUUACCAUCCCCAAAGGAUUACCUCGUGCGAAAAUGAUCUCGACGAUUUCAUUAAAGAAUUACAGAAUUACAUAAAAAUCAAGUAAACAAAGGUGGUGCGAAAACGAAAAGUGUGCAGACGAUAAAUAAAAAAAACUCUGAGAACAAUUCCACAAAAGAAAUAAAAAAAAAAAUAAAAAAAAAAAAAAAAAACGGCGAAUCGAGUUUGACCGUGUUCGUCGAAAGUGCUGCAUAUUUUGGAGACCCACAUGCAGCUUCUCAACGAGCAGUGAGACUCGUUGAAGAAUGGAAGCCAGCGAGUGGGAUCACGCGACCUUAAGGGAAGAAGAGUUCGAACAACAUGCAGUUUAUUUGGUGCCCGAUGUGUCGGCAUCGCCGAACGAUGCCAAUCGUGCCGAAGGAUCGCUGCCGAGGAAUCUCGUGCUCAAACCUUCCCAAGCACUCGACGACAUGUUGGGCGUUUGGAGCACGAGUUACAUUCCCAAAGGGACGCGUUUCGGUCCACUUGUCGGUCAGGUCUACACUAAAGACUCGGUGCCGGCUGACGCCAACCGGAAUUAUUUCUGGAGGGUGUACAAGAACAACGAGUUGUUCUACUACAUCGAUGGGUAUGACGUCCAGAAAUCCAACUGGAUGAGGUACGUCAACCCUGCGUAUUCGUCGGAAUCCCAAAAUCUCAUAGCUUGUCAAUAUAAGAUGAACAUUUAUUUUUACACCAUCAAACCAAUCCUACCGAAUCAAGAGCUCCUCGUGUGGUAUUGCCGGGAGUUUGCUGAGAGGCUGAAAUAUCCGCUCACCGGUGAACUGAUGCUGCAGCGAAUACGACAACAUUUCCAGCAAUCAACGCUGUCUCCGGAAGCGGCACCGACGGUCGAAGUAGUAUUACCCCUGAAGGAAUCGACGAUAUACGAGAGGCGCUGCCAGAUGACGCCGACGGAAGGUUCGGUGAGAUCGGACGAGGGUUACAAUUCGAACGGUUAUCACGACGAGAUACUAACGCCGCCGGAGGAGAGCAGCGAGUCUGAUUCGGAGAACAAUUACGUGCUCGAUUUCAGUAAGAACACGAGAACAUCGGUGCCGAGCAGCAACGAGUUGCGGAGCAAGCAAGACAGCGUGGUCGUUAAGAACGAGUACAGGAAAGUCAAGAUAAAGAUACCGAAGAGUUACAAUAACUUUCAAAGUGCGAAAGCAGCGAUCGAGGUCUCGAAGGACAAGGACGAAUUGUCGAGCGGCACGGCGACCCCAGAAAUCCCUCAGAAAUCGGUCUCACCGAUGCUCUUGCAAAAGCAAACCGUCAUAUCGACCUCGAACGACGACGAGAUAAUGGAAAAAAGUACGAAGCCUUUCUACGAGCCGGAACCAAAAGGAUUGCCGAUUACGAUAUCGAGCAACUCGAGGCCCCCGUACGUGACGAGUCCGAGCAGUUCUAUCCUGGAAAAUAUACUGCUACGCAGCAACACCGACAGUAACAACAACAACAACAACAAUAAUAACAGCAACAGCAGCAAUCCUGGCAGCAACAACAACGUCGUAAACAGCAACAGCAACCCCAACUCAAACGUUCACAUCCAUCAUCACAACUCCAUCACCAAUUCUAUCAGCAACCAUCCCCAUCAGAGUCACAAUCACGGAGUGUACGCGAGCCAUUUGGACUCGGUAACUCCACCACCGUCCAGCCCAACGGAAAUGGCGUACUCGUACAAGAAAUCCCACAGAUACGGUAACAUAUUGCCGUGCAGCCCGGACUCGAGUUCGAACCUGCCGAUGAGCACGGAGCCCUGCAACACGAUCGUAAACUCCACGAGCAGCGUGACGAUGCUCCAGAGUCCUGGCAACCUACACUCGACCAGUGGCAACCCGGUGAACCCUUCUCACCCCUGCAACAACUCGUUGCAUUCGAGCAUCAACGCCAGCCAGACAAACGUGCAUUCCAGCAACGCUCUGUCGGCGACAGCAACGACAACGACGACGACGAGCAUCGGCCUCUAUCCGACCACGACGAGCAACGGUCUCGUCAUAAAAUCGAGGAAAAGCAAGAGUCCCUCGCCCGGGGCGACGACCACCACCAACGUUCCGAACUCAUCGAGCAGCCCACCGGUCGGCACCACGACCAUUUUGUACUCGAGUUCGAACGUCUCCUCCGCUCAUAUCGAAUCGAGCAACUCGAUGUAUUUGAACUCUUCGAACAACACGAGUGUCUCCCCCAUCUCCCCGAUCCACUCGCCCUCGCCGUACCCCUACGGACUGUACCAUUCGAACGGCAGCAUCCACCAGCACGUCGCCCCCCUCUCGAUCAACUGCACCGCCUACUCGCCGACUCCCUCAUCAGCUGGCAAUCUUAGCUACGAGAGAAACGAAGCUCGGAGACACGAGAACGCGAGCGGACACCAACUGCCAACCUCCUCGACCAUGCAGAUCGACGGGAACCAGUCGAACCUCAUCGCCGGCACUCACAACCUCCAUCUCGGACACCAUCCCGGCCUGACGAUACACGCCAAUUCGUCACCCAUCAACAGAUACUCCCCGGCGAGCUCUCUCUCCCCCGACGAUCACGCCUGCUCCCAAAGCGGCUCGCUCAGCCCGAACUCGCAAGGCUCACGGGGCUACAGAUCUUUGCCUUACCCCCUGAAAAAGAAGGACGGCAAAAUGCACUACGAGUGCAACGUUUGCUGCAAAACCUUCGGACAACUCUCCAAUCUCAAGGUCCAUCUGAGAACACACUCCGGAGAGAGACCCUUCAAGUGCAACGUUUGCACCAAGAGCUUCACUCAGCUGGCACAUCUUCAGAAACAUUACCUCGUUCAUACAGGUGAAAAGCCUCACCAGUGUGAGAUCUGCAAAAAGAGGUUUAGCUCGACUUCCAAUCUCAAAACUCAUCUCCGACUUCAUUCCGGUCAAAAGCCCUACGCUUGCGAUCUGUGCCCUGCCAAGUUCACCCAAUUCGUUCAUCUCAAAUUACACAAGAGACUGCACACUAACGAGAGGCCUUACACGUGUCAGGGUUGUGACAAAAAGUACAUAAGCGCCAGUGGGCUCAGGACGCAUUGGAAAACGACGAGCUGUCGACCUAACAACAUCGAGGACGAAUUGGUUCUUGCCGCUGCGGCUGGAUCUCCGAGUUACUACACCGAGUAUGGCUCUGACAUGAAUGUCGGUAACAUGCAAAAGGAGUGCGAGCUCGAGCACAUGGAGAACUACGAGAGACGAGGGAGUGCGCACGGUCCGCAUUCGACGUCGCUCCACAAUUUGGACAGUUCGGUAGGUCGCCCGAGUGUGAUAGAAUCAUCGCAACCGCAUAUAAUUGAGUGCACAUAACCGAACGUUCCAACGAUUGGUGAAUCGAUGAGCAUGUCGUUCGACCAAUCGGCGUACGCGAGUUCCGCGUGGUGAUUCAUUACAAAACUCGAAGAGGAAAAAAGCUGAAAAAAUAAACGAGAAAUUCGAGGGAGCAUUGGAAGAGAGAUGAGCCGAGAAUAUCGACGCGGGGAGUGAAAGUGACGAACGAGACGAGCUUUAAAGAAGACUCGGCCCCUCUUUCUCCCUCGUUCCCUCUCGUAUAUUCCUCCAAUUCAACGGUGGAAAGACUAAAAAAACUCCAAAGCUAAAGCUCCAGCGGUUUUUCUCAGCCGCGCAAACGAAUUAGGGCUUAAAAAUAUGCGACCGCGCGCGCACGAGCUCACGACUUCCGCUUAUUUCAUCAUUCUUUCACAAAUCUUUCGUUUUUAUUGUUGAAUGAAGGCGCGGCGAGGAGAAAACUGGCGGAUUUUGUCGGCACCCGCCAAUGUUCGAGAAAGUUAUGGGUUUUUUUUUUAUUUAUUUAUUUUUUUUUUUCUUUUUUUUUUACCUUUUCCAUGAAAAUGAUGUGGUAAAGAAAGGAUGCGAUCGAAGGGAUGAUUCUCGAUGGCAAAAUCCAUCGAGAUAAGCGUGGAAUUCGAUGUGAAUGAACAAGAAAGGGAUUAGAACGAAAGAAAAACAAUAACAACCAGUGACGACACGACUGCAACUAUACGAGACCUGUACCUGUAUAUACUAACAUUAUUGAUUAAAAAUUAUUCGAUAAUUUAAUGAAGAUAUUUAAAAGCUAUGAAUGAACGAUAUAUAGAUAUAUAUGUAUACGGAUUCAUGUCUCUUUUCAUACAUAUAUAUGUAUAUAUGAAUUUAAAUAUAAUUAUUAUAGAUAUAAUAAAAAAAUAAAUAUAUAUAAUUUAUAUACCGUCGGUUGGCCGAGCGGUGGGCUGCGUUCGCGGUUAUCUCUCGCAUUGGUCACCAACUUUUCCUUCUUUUAUGAGUAACUUAUUGAAAAACGAAGAAAAACGAAAAGAAAAAAAAAAAAAACACUUAGAUCGUAAAUGUUUCAUUAAGGGAGUAUCCGCAGAAGGGAUUGAUCCUCCGAAUUUCACACUAUCCAUUUUCACGCAGUAACGAUAAUACACGAGCCUAGAUAUUCUAUAUUUAUAUUGUAAAUAUAUUUUUUAAGCAUGUUUUGACUUCUUAAAAUCAUCGUGAGAACGAGGGGAGAGACUCUUAUCGAGAUACCAAUUUGUUUUAUGCAGAAUAUCGAUCAGUAUUCUUCCGUAAAUGUUUUUAUUGUUUGAUUGGAAUAGGCUCGUCUGGAAAAUGUAAGGCUCAGCUAAAACGUACAACGGUUUUUCUUGUUCGUUUAUCGAGUCAAGUUUCGCUGCACAAAUUCUCCGGAUUUUUUGGUAGUCUCUGUCUCUCUCUCUUUCCUUCUAUUUCUAUAUCCCUCGAGAUCUCAAUAGAGACAGAGCUGAAAAUCUUUCAGGAGAUAAUGGAACGACAAGAACGCUCAAUUGACCUUUUGCUUCUAGAUUUGAUUUUCACUAAUGCAAAUUCACUACAAGAGUAAAUUCACUCUUAAAUUUUAUUCCAGUUUUUUCACUCGAAAAUCGCUGCUAUUCCUCUCUCUCUCUCUCCUCCUCCUCCUCCUCCAAGCAUAACUUCCAAUAAAUUGUAUGAUAGAAAGACGAGGUCGACUCCGAGGUGAGCAACGAGAGCAGCCUACCGACGAAUACAAAAUACUGUCGUACAACACCGACCGUUGGAGACUUCGGUGAAAAAUCAUUUCAUGAAAAAUAAUCAAGAAAAAGGGAUCUCUCGCGUUGACAAAGACCCAAAUAAAAUGAGUUUCGAGACGAAGGAGCAUUCCGUCGCUGUUGUACGAGCGUAUUUUCAACAACUUUUCGCAGACUGAUAUACAUACAUAAAUAUUCCAAACCCGUUUGUAUAAAUGUAUCGAGGGAUCUCUGUCGAAAUUUUCUUCUCUACGAAACGAAAGGAAAUGAAUAAAAUAAAUAAAUCGGUUGGAUUAAGAGGAACGGAAGAAAAAAUUGGCCGCUUUUUCGUAAGGAGGGUACGAAGGAUGACAAAAAAAAGGGCGCACAGGCAACGUGGAUGAUUCAGGCACAACGCGGAAAUGCCCGAAAGCCACGGGAACGUAAUUUGUAGUGAAUGCUCCGAGAGCAGCGUUGAGACGGGGGACUUGAAGGACGAGAAAUAAGGGAAAACAAAAAAUGUGAAGCACCGCACCGCAACAGCGACCGGAGUUGGAUCACUUUGUUGGGACAAAUGUGUAAAUUCAUUUUCGGGUUAUAAAAACGGUGAAAAGUAUAAUUGGGCUUUCCGAUGUCAGUCGCGAGGAGCGGGCUAACUCCACAUUUUUCUAGUCGUACGAAUAUACUCUUGAAAUAUCGGCGAGAAUCGAGACAAACAAAGACGAAGAAGAAAUAUAAAGAACAAAAAAAUUGAAAAAACCGAACGUCGCAUCGAUGCGGCAGCGAUCAAAACGAAGAUAAAAAAGAAGAAAUAUUAUGAGAGAAAAAAUAUAAAAGAAAACUAAAAAAAUACGAUCAAAUACGAAAAUGAAAAAUGAUACGAACGUAAAAGCGUAAGGAGGCUUCCAGGCAAAUAACACGCAAUUAUUCUUCUGGAAAUGGUGCGUUGCAUUACAUACACAUAGACACACAGACGCACACGCGCACACACACACACACACACAAACACACACACACAUACACAAUUUUUAUUAUCACGAAGUCAAUUCAAACUAAUGUUAUGAUAGUAAAUAUGUAUGCGAGAGAAGAAAAACAAGAACGAUGCAGUCCGAUAUAUUCCGAGAGAUAAAUCACAAGCUUCUUCCGAAGGCAUUGCCGCGCGACGCAAAAGUCAUUUUGUGAAUUGCCUCGAUUAGCUACCUUGCCUGCAUUCAAAAAGCACUGUAUAAAUAAAUAAUGUAAAGGAACGAAAAAGUAAAAAAAAUAACGAGCAAAGAAUAACGCGAAAAGAUUAACCGCGCGAACAAGACUAAAUAGCAAUUACGAUUAAAACGCGCUAAAAUUUGUAGAAACAUUUUUGAAAAAGAGUGAGCGCAGCGCGCAAACGUUGAAUUUUGUUAAUCGACGAAAAGCGCAAUUAGCUCGAGAUCGAAGUAGAGAUUCGAAACCACCAUGUAAAUAGGCUGAAAGUAGUACGAAUUAUCGAUGACGAAACUAAAAGAGAACGAAACUACGAUGCGCGAGUAAGCAGCGAAAUGAAGCAACCAAGCAAUAUUUAGUUCUCACUGUUUCUUAAAGAUAAACAAAUGAACAGAAAUGGGAGAGGAUCAACUCCGAAAUAUGUACCGUUAACUCAAGACUCGUGAGAACAAGUGACACGUGUACGACGCGCACGUUCGUAUUUAAACGACUAUAAAUUAAAUGUUAAUUAUCCUUACACUUCGUAAAUAGUAAGAUUGAAAAAACAACAACAACAACAACAACAACAGAAAGAAGAUGAAGAAAAAUUGUUACGCAUUUAUUAUAAUUAUAAUUAUCGAAUAGGUAAUGCUCAAUUAGCAUUUGUUUCUUAAAAUAAAGAAUAAAUAUAUGGCUGUUGGAUAUUUAAA